AUGUUGGCGAUCCACUUGCCAGAUGACACUCAUGGCAUUUCCUCCAAUCUCAUCGGCCUGCUAAACGCCCAGACCAUCUCCCGCCUCCAGGCUGUCUUUAAUGGUGCCGGCGAAAUCUUCAGCGGUGACACCCCUGCGCAGACGAAGGGGCUCAUUGGCAACGUCAGCACGCUUGUUACUCUUUUCUCCUCGCCGCAGGUUCUCAUGGGUAUUGGCGGUUUGCUUGUCAAUAUUGUGAAUCUCCUUACACUACGGCUGAAUUGGUGGAGGGUAUUGCCCCGCCCAUCAAGGCGUUGA